AUGGCUACAGUACUAGGAACGAAUGAGACUGCGAGCGACACCUGGAGCGGCAUAUUAACCGAUGCCGUGGUGAGAUGUGGACGUGAUAGUGAGCGGAAACUCUACUUGUAUGGUAUUAGCUCAAAUCGUUGCGCCAAAUGCCAAGCAAAACUUCAAUCUGGCAACAAUACAUGUGGUAGCUGCAAUUACACACACAAAAUAAUAUGCAAAUGCACACGCUGUAGUCAAGAAAACAACCCCGUCAUGUGGUGUGCAGAGUGUGACGCUUAUUUUUGUGCAACGUGUCACAAGAAGCCGCACGUGUUAAUGCUGGGGAGCGUUAAACCGCACCAUUGUUUUCCUAUUGACGGCGCGAGUGGAAAGCAUUUCGUGGAAGCUGCGUGGUCGGAAGAGUUUAUAGCGAUGAUGGUGACGACGUAUCAACUUCGUCUUAGUGAGAAAACAAAGAAGCAGGCGGACGAGAUGGAAGCCAAGGUGCCAACGCAAGUUACUGGGCAGCUGGCAGUAUCGGCCGUUAAUGAAGCUGCAGAAUCCUCAGCAACAGCCACGACCUUGUUGGAGCAGCCACAGAAUGCUGCAGAAAGUUCAUCAGCUACUGUUGCGGUAGAUAAUAGUGAUGCUGCUGAAGUUUCACUGGCUUGUGCAUCAGCUGUACCUCAAUUGUCGGACUCGAUACCAAACAUGCAGGAGCAGCCGCGAAAACGGCAAUUUUCAGACUCAGAUGAUACGUAUGAUAGGCUUCAAAAAUCGGUUUGCGCUACCAAGCCCUCACAUUCGGGUGGACGAGCUGCUGUAACAUCAACGCCAACACAAGCAUCAGCACUAGCCGAUGGAAUGACUUUGUAUGAUCGCGUUAAAGAAAUGCACGAUCUACGAGUGAGAGCUGCACAGCCUAACGCACCAGAAGCUCGAUCGUCAAAAGUAAGUUUGAGUCGGCUGUCUCAAAAAGAAGAGCAAUUACAAGAGCAAGAUGAACGCGCAAAGCAAAAACCCGAUCCUGCGGUUCAGCAGCAACAGCAGCAAGCACAGGUAAAAGCUGAACAGUUGAAGAACGAACAACAGCGCCUGAAUCAUUUAAGACACUUAAACAUCCAGAAACAGGAAGAAAGGCAACGACUAAAGGUUGCACAGCAAGAGCAAGAGAAGCAGCGGAAGGAAGAGCUUCGGCUAAAGGCUACACAGAAAGAGCUAGAGAGGCAACGGUGGAUAGUAGAACAGAAGAAACGACAGGAUCAACGACCGCAAGCGAAUCAGUGGCGAGAAGAUAAACGCAAACAAAGUGAAUUACAGCAGCAACAGGAACAUCAAUUGCUGGAAGAGCGAAUGCGGCAUGAACAGAUUAUGCUUCAGCAGGACGAGGCUCGCUCAUUGAUACGUGAAGGUGAUCGAUUCGCUAGUCAUGCUCAGUAUAUGCUUCAUGUUCAACCAAGCUAUACCUCCAUAGCUUCAUCGGACAUUUCGGCACCGAUGCCAGUUGCCGCCAUAGCGCCGUUGAGCGUUUCUGUCAUGAUGCCUUCAGACGCCCGCUUCACGCAAGUUCAGUCUCCAGCUAGCGGUUCUCCUCAUGCCUCGCGUUUUGGCUCGGACGAGCACACAGCAGUACCAGUGUCGAGGUUUGAGACGAUUUCACAGAACCACGACGGGAAUUGUCAUCUUGUCGUAAGGAAUUCCAAUCCGAAUCCUCAACAACAGCCGCAGCUGCAGUCAGAUUAUCCGGAUGCAAUGGUUUUGCAUCGACAUGUGACAGAAGGAGACUUAAGUCCUAGUAUGUCUGGCGAAGACGAUGAGCUACGUGCGAUCUGGGUGAGCGAUUACGACAAUGUGAAUGCGUUGGUCAUGCAAUUGGAUAUGGAGAUCACGAAGCGGGCAGAAGAAGGACACUCAUUUGUGCACAUGUCAAACAGCAUUACAAUCCCCGAACAGUUGAAGCUGCAGCUCAACAAACUUUGUGCUCAGCGGGACACAGCAAUAAAGAAGAGGUUCAAUUCACUCGCUCGUGUAUUGAUCUUCUCCAAUGCGGUGCGCUCGUUCGCACAGCAACACGAACACAGCAACAUUUGGAACGACGUCCCGGAGGUUCUGAAGGCAUCGCACAAAAAGUGUGCAGAACUAGCCGUCAGUAUUCGCGUGUUGGAACGACAAGCGCAAAAGUUACGCGAAGGGAUCAACGAGGCUGUAUCGAACGGGGAUCCAAUGCAGAUGCAACAUGUGGUACAUCUGAGUGCUCAUAUUGCCGACUUGGAGAGGAAGAUCCGCACUUCGAACGGUGAACGCGACAAGCAGUUCAUUUUCAUGUUUCAGUUCAGCAGCAAACUGAGAAAUAUGGUACGCGCCGAGUGGGCAGCUACAGGAGGAGGAGGUUAUCAAUCAAAGCAAUAA